AGUUUUUUUUUUUUUUUUGAAGGAAUAUCAUUCCCCAUUUUAGGUUCACCCUCUCACCACACGGUUUCUCUUCUCAGUCCCGGUGGAACUCUUUUCUGUCUGUCACCGACGGUCCAAUCCGACCCCACCAUGAGAUUCGCCGGCCCCUAAAACCUAAAGCCCCUAAGCUCUCUCUCCCCUUCGAGAUAUUCUUUCUCUAUCGUUCUCUUGCUCUCCGCGCAUGACGACUCAGACGGCUAUUGUUUAGCCAUCGACGCCGCAGGCCGACCACAAAUCAAGCUUCCUUCCCCUUUCUCGGUCCUCUCAUUAUCUCUCUCGAUCUCUCGAUGUGCUCUUUCUCUGAAUGGGUAGGCUUGGCUAUGACCCCUUAACCAAUGAUUUCAAAGUGGUGGUGUUCACACCUCGACAUUCUUUUAAAGAGGGUCUCCAAAUUGGGAUUUAUAGUUUGAGAAACAAUUCAUGGAAAGCAAUAACAAUGCCUAACCUACUACUGUUACACCAUCUAUGGGCAUUGGGCAUGUCCAUUAAUGUUAAUAACUUCAUUCAUUGGUCUAUUGGCUAUGAAAAUAGUAAUACAACUGAUGAUGAAGAUGAACUGGAAUUAUUUACAGGGAUAAUUGCUUUUGAUAUAAGUAAGGAGAAAUUUAAUCUUAUAAAGUUACCUCAAUUUGAGAGAGGUAAUGAUGGUGGGGACAUAGCUAAAAUUUUUGGGUUUCUUUCUAUGAUAUAUGUGGAUGAAGACACAGUAAUUCACAUAUGGAUUAUGAAGUAGGCCUGGUUAAAUGGGUGACAAUUUCGUAUAUAUGUUUUAAAAAGUGAGUUUAACACUUUUGGAUCUUUCCUCAAAUACGAUCCACCCAACACGAAAGAAAUCCUCUCAUCGAGUAAAACAUGAUUCACCCAAAAAUUGGUUUCGAAGCUCUUAAUUAUGUAAUUGACUAUUGAAUGUUGCCGACGUUUGGGUUCCUCUGCUCCCUUUUGUGGAUGGAUGUGGAUGUCAUAGUCUAGAUUUCUAAACCCAGUGUGAGUCUAGAGACCAAACAAUAACGCCAAGAUCUCAUAGAAUAUUGGUGGAUUGAACUUCAGUUCCAGCUAACUGGGAUAGAUGGGUGAGCAGAAGGAAAGGUUCAGAAUUCUAAUGGUCUCUGAUUUUUUUUACCCCAAUUUUGGGGGUGUGGAGAAUCACAUUUACUACCUCGCACAAUGUCUAAUAAAGCUUGGCCACAAGGUGGUGGUAAUGACACAUGCCUAUGGGAACCGAUCUGGAGUGAGAUAUAUGACAGGAGGGCUGAAAGUUUACUAUAUACCAUGGACACCCUUUGUGAUGCAGAAUACACUACCAACCUUCUAUGGAACUCUUCCUAUUAUAAGGACUAUACUUGUAAGAGAAAAGAUAUCAUUGGUACAUGGCCAUCAAGCAUUCUCAACUCUCUGUCAUGAAGCUUUGAUGCACGCACGCACAAUGGGGUAUAAGGCCGUGUUUACUGAUCACUCACUCUAUGGUUUUUCUGAUGUUGGUAGCAUCCACAUGAAUAAGGUUUUACAGUUUACUUUAGCGGAUGUAACUCAGGCAAUUUGUGUAUCUCAUACAAGCAAGGAAAAUACAGUGCUACGCUCGGGUUUGCUGCCAGAGAAGGUUUUUGUGAUACCUAAUGCUGUUGACACAGCUAUGUUCAAGCCUGCUGCAAAAAGACUUAGUCGUGAUGAAAUUGUUAUUGUUGUUAUUAGUAGGCUGGUGUACAGGAAAGGUGCUGAUCUGCUUGUUGAAGUUAUUCCAGAAGUCUGCCGAUUAUAUCCCUUUGUUCGUUUCAUUGUCGGAGGAGAUGGACCUAAACGUGUGCGGUUAGAAGAGAUGAGGGAGAAACAUUCCCUUCAAGAUCGUGUUGAAAUGUUGGGUGCAGUCCCACAUGCUCAAGUGCGUUCUGUCCUUGUUUCUGGCCAUAUAUUCUUAAACAGUUCCUUAACAGAAGCCUUUUGCAUAGCCAUACUAGAGGCUGCCAGUUGUGGAUUAUUGACUGUCAGUACACGUGUAGGAGGUGUUCCCGAGGUUCUACCAGAUGACAUGAUUGUACUAGCUGAACCAGAUCCUGGUGAUAUGGUUCAUGCAAUCAAGAAGGCAAUAUCUAUUCUUCCCAUGAUUGAUCCCCAAGUGAUGCACAAUCGAAUGAAGGGGCUUUAUGAUUGGCAUGAUGUUGCCAAAAGGACAGAGAUCGUGUAUGAUCGUGCACUAAAAUGCACAAAUCAAAGUCUUCUAGAAAGACUCUCUCGGUAUCUCUCGUGUGGAUCAUGGGCAGGCAAGCUAUUUUGCUUGGUAAUGAUCAUCGAUUUUUUGCUAUGGCGACUGUUGCAAUUGUGGCAGCCCGCAGAGCGUAUCGAGGAGGUGCCUGAUUUUACCAUGUUCCAUGAUGAAGACUGCAGUAGACCUUGAGAUAUAGUUUUGUAUUUCAUGUCCACAACAAGGGGAAAUGUUAAAUGUUAAGAGCCAAGUUUGUGUUUCAGAUUGAGUACUAGAGCUAAAUAGUUAGUGACAGUAUAUUUUUGUUCAGAUUUAUUGAAGAUUGGACUUUUAUUAAAGUACAAAAAUUGAUGAGUUAUGAAGAUUGCUUGACUGGCAAACAUAAACAUGAUUUUUUUAGUUAUACAGGUUGUGUUAGGUCAAUUUUAUUUAAUGUUAGAUUUGAGUUUGAUAUUUGUUUGUAAUACAUAAGUCUCGACAUGAUAUGAACAUGAUUGACGAACACAAAUUGCUAAGUGUUUGCAUUGCUGAA